CAGUCAGUCAAACGUAGACCGUCGAUCUGGGAGGACUGUCCAUAGAUCGAGCGAGGGCCUCGAGCAGAGGCGUGCAAAAGUCCGGGGAGAAAAUAAAAACAGUGUGUCACAUUUUUUUAGGAGAUACCGGAAGAAGAUCGUCGGGACAUAAAUUUUAAUUGGCAAAUAAUAUCCUUGGAUAAAAGCCUGGUAAAUUGAAUAGUUGAACGUGCCUAGUAGUGAGGUGGAAGAAAAAUAGUUUCGUUAAAAAAUAAUCACCGAAUAGUGUAUACAUUGGCAGGAAAUAAAAAAAUAAAAAGUAAAAAAAAACACAAUUCGGUUUCGAAGGGAAAUCUUCGUUGUCGAUGAACUUUGACAGUUUCGUCGUCGUGGCUCAGUUGAUCACGUUCGGAAAACUCAUAAAAGUGCGCUGGAUUUGAAUCUAUAUAUUUUCAAGCAGUUUUGGUGCAUCGUGAAAAAUCAAUACGAUUAUUUGUAUUCAUUUUUUAAAGUCGACUCAGUGUGUUUUAAUAUACGAUUUAUUUUUGUUCCGCGUGACAGUGGAGUUUUCGAAUUCGCGGUAAAAAUCAUACCCGAUGAUAAAUCAGUACCGUACUUGAAGAAAACGUGUACAACAAGUGUGCGAGUUCGCGUUCAUACUUUUUUUUAUUCUCAAAUACGUUGACUUUACAGUGUUUUCUAACAACGACACUUUUAACUACAAAUCCGUACGUUUUUUCGUCGGCUCGUAGUUUUUUGUUUUUCGCUCGAGACGAAAGGUGAAGCGGGUGAAGCACACGCUGUCGUAUACGGUGUGCGUGCCCGUGACGACGUAUGAGGGCCUCAUGGCUACCGGAUUGGUGAAGUGGUGGCGAGCAAGAUUUCUCGCUGGCUACAAGCCCUUUUCUGUCGUCGGUGGGACUGCAGAUGGUAGCGAUUCCGAGGAAUUGUUGGCGUGCGUAGCGCCUCCUUGCAACAGUUCACCCCUUCCGCCUCGAAUCCUCAUCACUCCCGAGCCGAUUUUGCAGAAUGGCGGCAAUCCGAUUCAAACGGGGACCUCAACGACCACAACGCCGCAGACGGCCAACGACGAAACGAACAAUUCGAACAACGUUGGAAAUCCAACGAGGCAACUCAGUUUCGAGGAGUUCGAGUGUGACGUUUCCGUUGCUGAGGGUGACAGACGUCGUCAAGAGUUUUCAUUUACCCUGUACGACUUUGACGGACACGGGAAGAUAACAAAGGACGACAUUGCGGGUCUGGUGACGACGAUUUACGAUACACUCGGUGCCUCGAUUCAAGUACCGCCAUGCGGAAGUAAAACAAUCAAAGUCAAGCUGACCGUUUCACCGGAUCAACGUGGAACGAGUCUUGGGAGUAGUAGCACUCAGCAGCAGCAGCAGCAGCAGCAACAACAAACGAAUAACAACGGCGGCGCUACCGGCGUAACGACUACGGGAACAAAAGCAGCGACGGGGGCUUCGACGACGACAGCUACGGGGACAGCCACGAUAUCAAACGCUUCCGUGAAAACAACGCAUUUACCCGGCGGUAACGUAGCCAAUGGGAUCGCUACUGCCUCCUCUUCCUGCUGUCACGUUAAGCACGUUUCAUCCUGCAGUCAUGGCAAUCACCACUCGAGGAGAGCGCCGAGGAGAAGACGAGCUCUGCGUACUCGUCCUGAGCCUGAACGAGUUGUGGAGUCGCACAGUGACGAGGAUGGCGAUAAUGUUCCAGCUGGUUUAACAAUGGUAAACGGAGCUGCAACGACAACGGGAGUGACGCCGAGUCCAACGAAACAGGAAGAGCUACGACGUAGGGUGGGACCGGUCGCUCACAUGCCAGCGUCACCCUACUCGAAUAGUUCCGAGGGCGAUGUCAGCGACGAGAGCGAUGCCUCACCCACGAUAUCUCCCCUAACACCUCUAGUUACGAAUCAACGAAAGCGUAGCGGGUCGAUGCAGAGGCAACAGCUGCUCGAGAUCAUUCAAGCCAACAUGGAAAAAAAUAAUCUCAGUUUCCACGCAUCUAGGAAACGACAUCAAUCGGAGCAACUGCGAAUCCCUGUACAGAGCCCCUACGUAGUAGAGCCAACGAGUCCUCCGUACAUAGAGGAGAGAUGUAAGCCCAGUUUGUUGAAUCGUCAAGGAACAGCGGCGUAUCACAAGCCGGUCCGAGAGCAUCAUCAUCAUCAUCAUCCGCAUCAGCAUCCAAUAGUCUCGCUCUCGAAAUUGCCGGUCAAAUGCAGAAGCGGUGGCAACGUGAGAAAGCAACGAGGUCACAAUUCGAGUCCUCGUAGCGCCCCGCCACAAUCGUUACGAAAUAAUUUGCAACAGGCAACGAUCGAGGACAACGUCAACAUAAAUUCGUCACCGAUGCGCAACAAUCUCGAACAACAACCGUUGAUCCUAAAUCCAACCGCGAAUAUAAAUAAUCAUAUAAAUAACCAACACAACGAGACGCAUUACGUUCAAUCGCAACAAAGUGGCAAACCUGGAAAAAAGCACCAGCUGAAACACGAGACUCGAGAACAAGAUCAGGCCCGCGCAAUGGCACAAGUUGUCCGCUGGCUCGAACGCGAAUUUUCACAAAAUUCCGCGGUCGCAUCGAGCGCUGGGCGUCGACACGUUCAUAAACACAUUCAUCAUCAUUAUCAUCAUUAUCACGCGGAGGCUCUCGUCUGACGAAUUCGGUAUAUUUAUUUUUACGAGGGAAACAAUAAUGAGCUCCUCGAGAGUGAACGAUAACGCUCUAGUUUGAUUUUUUGCGCCCCCGUUCAUUUCGCCGCUGAGUGCAUUAGACUGACUAUUAAUGGGAGGGGGGAAAUACGAGAAACUAUACGAAUAUAAGGGCCGAGGCAGAGGAGGGACACAGAACCUAUCCUACGCUCUAUAUUAUAAUUAUUAUUAUUAUCAUCAUCAUCAUCAUUAUCAUUAUCAUUAUUAUCGAUAGCAAUAUUGUAAGAAUCCUUUUCUGGAUACUAGAAACAAAAAGACCUGAAAAAUACGAUGUAGAUUAUCGAAGAAUUUUGCCGGGACGGAGAUCUUGACAAUACCGAAACUUUCGUCGUACAGCAUUUCUCGUUUUGAAGCUAUCGUUCGAUUAUUUUUCGUUUGUAUUUAUCGUCUUUACAACGCAAAUCUCAUUUACUCGUGAUGUGUUUCCGUUGCGUGGAGAGAAUAAAGAAUUUUUUUCGGCUUUGUAUAUGAAAACUAUCAAGGAGAGUAAACACGUAGAGAUUGGUGGAUGAAUGGGAAUUUGGACAACAGAAUGAUGUCAAAUCUUCUUGUAAGUAAUGCUUUCGACAAAUUUGUAUAAAAUGGAGACCUCAUUUUCAUCAUAGCUGACAGUAGAAAACAAGAGACGCGGUAGCUACUUGACGCCAAAUAUCGAAAACACCACUUUUUAACGAAUAUCGGUUGAUUUUUGAACAAUACAAUAAAAUUAAUAGCCAUUGCUCUCCAAACUCGUCAGUUUCACAGGCGGAAACGUUUUUUUUUUAUAUUUUUCUCAGUUACCCAGGGACUAUAAAGUUGUAGCAAUGGUCGCUCGAUUCAACGCUCGUAAUGAGAAUCUAUGUUUGUCGAAACUGUUGCUCGAAUUUUUCUUUCCCACGAAACUGCAGAACAAUCGUGACAAUAUUUUUCCAUUGCUCUCCGAGAGGAAGCAAAAUAAUGAAAAAGAAAUAAAAAUGAAUCGAGAGUAUUAAUAAUUAUAUUUAGCGAUAAAAAAUGUAACGACUAAUAAAGGAUAAUAAAAAUUUGUAGGUAACGUAAAUCGACGAGAUGUUGUUGCAAAUCGGAGUCCUGGCUACGUUUGUUACACCAGGACAUGUAAUUUUGUAUCGAAACUUUGUAACCGAUGUAGAUAUUUUUUUGUGUAAUGUUUUUUCUUCUCUUUUUUAUCCAUAUUUAUUAAAACACAUUUUUAUACUA